AUGGCCAACUUGUCAUGGAAUCCUGCAGUGAAAAUCGCUACCAAGGCCAAUCCCUGGGAAGGGAAGUCACUGAAGCCUGACAGCCUCCGGUCCCAGCUGGAGACGUCACUGAAGCGGCUGCAGUGUCCCCAGGUUGACCUCUUCUAUCUACACGCACCGGACCACGGCACCCCUGUGGAAGAGACGCUGCACGCCUGCCACCAGCUGCACCAGGAGGGCAAGUUUGUGGAGCUUGGCCUCUCCAACUAUGCCGCCUGGGAAGUGGCCGAGAUCUGUACCCUGUGCAAGAGCAACAACUGGGUCCUGCCCACCGUGUACCAGGGCAUGUACAACGCCACCACCCAGCAAGUGGAGACGGAGUUCUUCCCCUGCCUCAGGACUGAGGUUCUACGCCUAAAACCCUUUGGCUGGGGGCCUGCUGACCGGCAAGUACAAGUAUGAGGACAAGGACAGGAAACAACCUGUGGGCCGUUUCUUUGGGACUAACUGGGCAGAGAUCUACAGGAAUCGCUUCUGGAAGGAACACCACUUCAAGGCCAUUGCCCUGGUGGAGAAGGCCCUGCAGGCCACGUAUGGCCCCAGCGCCCCCAGCAUGACCUCGGCCGCCCUCCGGUGGAUGUACCACCACUCACAGCUCCAGGGUGCCCCCGGGGACGCGGUCAUCCUGGGCAUGUCCAGCCUGGAGCAGCUGGAACAGAACUUGGUGGCCGCUGAAGAAGGGCCCCUAGAGCCAGCCGUCGUGCAGGCCUUUGAUCAGGCCUGGCACCUGGUUGCCCAUGAAUGUCCCAGCUACUUCCGCUAGGCCCCAACACAGCUCAAGCUGCCCAAGGUUUCUUCCUUUUCUGUCACCUCUUCUCCUCUCUCACCCUGGCCGGUCUUUGCCUUAAGCUGAUUUAGCGUGGUCUUUCUCCAUUGCCUGGAUCCAUGCAUUAUUUUUCUAGACCCCUGCCUCACCCCCAGUUGCCUUCACAAUGUGUAAAGGCUGGGGCUGAGCCCCAUUCAUGCAUUUCCCGUCUGAAUAAAGCAAGCACUUGACCUGGCUGUAGCCCAGGCCCGGAGUGAAGCCCACA